AUCCCAGCCGCCGACUGCCCGACCCGCUUCGGCCAAUUCGGCGGCCAAUUCGCCCCGGAGCUCCAAAUGGACAUCCUCCUCAGCCUCCCCAGCAUCUUCCACCACACGCUCACCGUCGACGACUCCUUCUGGACCGACUUCGCCGACUGCCCGCUCGCACGCCCGAGCCCGCUGCACCUGGCCCGCAACCUCACCCAGCUCGCGGGCGGCGGCGCCAACAUCUGGCUCAAACGCGAAGACCUCAACGCCUUUGCCAGCGCCCAAACCCGCACCAUUGUCGGCCAGGUCCUGUUCGCGCAGCGCCUCCACAAAUCCGAAAUCAUCAUGGAGUGCGGCUUCGCGGGCCACGCGCUGGUCUGCGCCACCAUGUGCGCGCGCCUCAACCUCCAAUGCACGAUUGUAAUGGGCGCCGCGGAUCUCGCGGCGCAACCGGACGCCGUGGCGAAAGUGAAGCAACUCGGCGCGCAGGUCCUCACCGCGGGGACGGGCGUUGCUGCUGGUGGUGGCACGCUUCGGGCGGCCAUGAACUCGGCGCUCCAGUAUUCGCUCUCGCGCUUGGAUUCCGCCUACCAUAUCCUCAGCGGCACGGUGGGCCCGCAUCCGAUGCCCACCAUCACUCGCACCUUCCAGGCGCUCCUGGGGGAGGAGAUCAAAGCGCAUAUGGGCCCCGACGCCCUGGUUUCCGCUGUCGGGUCCGGCGCCGCUGCCCUCGGCAUGUUUGCGCCGUUUAUCGAUGACCCCGCCGUGCGCCUGGUGGGCGUGGAACCGGCCGACGCCGCACCUCUAACGCAUGGCUCCCUGGGUGUGAUGUACGGCUGUCGGACGCUGAUGCUGCAGGAUGAGGACGGCCAGAUCCUCCCGUCGCGUUCUAUCGCGCCGGAUUUGAACUUCCCCUGUGCCGGGCCGGAGCUGGCCCAUUGGAAGGAUAUCGAUCGCUUGGAGACCGUGACGGCGUCCAGUGAGGAGGCUGUGCGGGGGUUGAGACUGCUCUGUGAGCAGGAGGGCAUUGUGCCUGGUUUGGCAACGGGACAUGCGGUUUUGGAGACUAUCAGAUUGGCGAGGGAGUUGGGCCCGGGUAGAAAUGUUGUCUUGCUUGUGUCUGGUUAG